AAAUUCCAGAUCGGUACCCGAAGACGAAGCACUUCAUCCCAUCUGCAUUCUGACAUCUACCCAACAUCAAAGCCCACGUGGAAUACCAUCGUCUGAUUGCUUAUCACCGUCUCAUCCGGUACAAUUCCCACUCCGAGGCCUUAAAAAAUAAAACGUUUGAUCGAUUGGAAGAGGACCCGAAAUAGGAGAUCAAAUCGGUGUAACACCAUGUAUGGAAGGCCGAAUCACUUGCCCUUACUUGAUCCGUUCCCGACUUUCAAAUCACAAACGACGGCUUCGGCAGAUCCAGAUUCCAGACCGAGCUCCCACCCUCUUGACGCUCUUUUACUCUCCCAGUUUGACCGGACCCUAACAUCUGAUCCCACCCACUGUCCUCUCUCCCUCACUCUCAAUUUCCCCACCAGAAAUCCCACGCCCCCCAAACCCAUCUGACGAUCUCCCUCCCACGGGUUCCCGUUCUCCCCCAUCCUCACCCCCACGGGAAGUCUUGAAUAAGUCUCCGGAUCCCCAUACUCCCAGAAGUCAAUACUCCCCAAAAUCCCCUCCAUCAUUCGCCCUCCCAUCUCCCAAAUCCCGCCUUACGCCAUCACGAGAUGAAACGAUCCAAUUCCACACAUCCCUCACCCCCUACGUCCUCUCCGGAAAGAAAGUCUUGAUAAAAAAAAAAAAAAACUAUCUGAAUCCAUACCAUUGGAGAAUGGAUCACUCGAAGAAUCACAAUCAACAUCUGGGCGUCAACAAGCUGGGCAAGAACAUCCGCAAGAGCCCCCUCCACCAGCCCACCUUAGCCGCGAACGCGAAGCCGCCGCAACACCACCAGCAGCAGCAGCCGCCGCCCCCGCCGCAACCGCAGGUGUACAACAUCAGCAAAAACGACUUCCGUAGCAUCGUACAGCAGCUCACCGGCACCCCCUCCCGCGAUCCCCCCGCCGGCAACAACCCCCCGCCCUCCUCCUCCUCCUCCUCCUCCUCCUCCAACCCUCCUCCUCCCCCCCGCCCUCCCCACCCCAAGCCCCCCAGCAUGCGUCUCCAGAAGAUCCGCCCCCCUCCCCUCACCCCCAUCGCUCGUCCUCCUCCUCCCCCUCUCGCCCCCCCAAUUCCCUACCAAAAUCCCCGCCCCACCCCCGUCCCCAAUCCCAAUAACAAUCCCGCCUUUGUCCCCCGCCCCCUCCCCUCCCCGACCGGCGCCGGCCCGGCCUGGGUCGAGUCCCCGGUCACCGCCUACAUGCGCUACCUCGAGAGCUCCUUCCUCAGCUCCGACACCUCCCGGCAGCUCCAGCCCCAACCUCCCCCCUUCCCGUCCCCCGGCCUCCUCCCCUCUCCGCCCUUGCCCGUCUUCCCCUCCCCCCGAGCCAACGCCGCCCUACCCCCUUUUCCCCCGCCGGCCUUGCUGCCGUCGCCGGGCUCGCAGUUCCUCGUGCCGUCGCCCAGCGCCUUCUUGAACGUGCUGUCCCCCAAGUCGCCCUAUCCGCUUCUGUCCCCCGGCUUCCAGUACCCUCCGCCGCUGACCCCCAACUUCGCCUUCUCGCCGGGGCCGGGGCCGGGGCCGGGGACGGGGACGCAGCCACCAUCAUCGCCGGGGCUCUUCUUCCCGCAGUCACCCUCGGGGUUCUUCUCCAUGCUGAGCCCGAGAUGGAGGAACAUUUAGCGGCUGAAAGACCUCUCCUCUCUUUGUUACAAUAGGAAGACUUCCUUCCAGCAUCAAAAUCGUGGAUGGUGCGACAAUUCAAAUGUCUUAUGCUUUGACCAAAAUCCGAAGGGAAAAGUACGAGCGAAGAUAGAAGUAACUAUUCGAAAGCAGGUCUUCUCUCUCUGGAGAAGUAGGCUGUCUUCUGGGUGUUCGGUUCCAUGGAGGUAUACAUGGAAAUGAGAUGUUGUCAACAAUAGCUAGUAUUUUGAAGUGGAAGACUUAGAAGGGGACGCUUUUGCCACCAUGUUGAAUUGUCAAAAGGGAAGCUUGCCUUUUGCUUACCUUGGAUUGCGACUUCAUAUGAAGAAACUUUUAAACAUUGCUGAUUUCCACUCUUAGAGAAAAUGAACAAGAGGCUGGCAGCUUGAAAAGGUAGACUUUUGUCCAUGGGAGGUGGGAUUUGUCUCAUUAAUGCUAUACUUUCGGUGCUCCCAACUUAUUUCAUGUCUAUCUUCAAAGUUCAAAAAUGAGUGCCGUCUAAGUUUUUUCAACUCAGAAGAGCCUUUCUUUGAAAAAGAAAAGAUAGUAUUAGUGGAUUUUAUUGUCUUGCUAAUUAGGACACGGUAUGCCAUGGUAAAGAAGAAGGCGGACUUGGCAUCAAGAACCUUAGAGAUAUGAAUCUCUCCCUUCCUGCAAAAUGGACUUGGAGAUUGAUGAUGCGUCCUAGUGUUGGUAGUGGCAGUGAAUCUAUCUGGAGGAAGCAAGUUUCAACUGCUUACUACACUAAGAUGUAGAUUUGCCAUGCAUGUCAGACGGCAACCCUUCAGAGCCUCCCCGGUUUGGAAGGGCAUUUGCUCCGAUCUUGAAGCCUUUUGGAACUGUGUUUUCUUUAAACUUGGUAAUGGUGAAAACAUUAGAUUUCGGAAAGAUUGUUGGUUAGGACCAAUUUUCUUUGAAUCCUUAUUUCAUGAUCCGUUCUUAGAGUAGUCAAGUUGCUUCCUCAUGUAGGAGUUGUGGGAUCUGCUCUCCUCUGUUUGUCCGAUUGAUUCUGCUGAUGUGCCAGUGUGGAAGCCCUGUUGAGAUAGAAAAUAUAGAGUUGAUUCGUGCUACAAGUUCAUUAAUAGCGGCGGGUUCGUUGUCAAUUCUACAAGACGAUUUGGAAGGCUUCAGCGUCUGAAAAGGUCAAGGUAUUCAUUUGGCUGGACCUCAAAAGUAAGCUACGUACUAGAGAAAUUUUGGCAAGGAAAGGAUGGAGGGUAGGUGCCGGCUGCCUCUUUUGUGGUUCCCGCUCUGGGAUUGCUUCUCACCUUUUCAUUCGCUGUCUCUUUGCCUAAGCAUUGUGGUCUCCUCUUUUAUCAGGCUUGAACAUCUGGCACUCUCGUGAAACAUCUGGCACGAGAGAAACUCAAGGAUCUUCUUGAAAAGAAACGCAUCGCCUGCCUCUAUUUUGCAUAAAACACUACUUUUUUUUUCUUGUGGAGCUGUCUUUGUAAUGCCAAAACCUCUGUUUCCUACAAAUGUCUUUUAGGUAGGCUGUCUUCUCUACGUGUGUAAUUACCACCCUCCUUCUAAAUAUUUGUUUUUCUUCCAAUAAA